CGGAGCACCACGUUUUCCGGAGCCGGACAUCUGGAGACGGCGGGCGAGAAAACCCGGCGCCCGGAAGCUUUUGCUUUCUUUGACGCAAGGGCUCGGGACGCAGCCGCCGUCGGCCGAGCGCCCGGCGAGGAGCGACCCCAGACGGAGUCUUCGGAGUUCCUCCGCCCCCGCCUCGCCGGGUCCCGGAGCCUCAGUCCUCCUCGCAGCUCUCCUGGUGGCCAUGGAGUGUCCGCACCUGAGCUCCAGCGUCUGCAUCGCUCCGGACUCAGCCAAGUUCCCCAACGGCUCCCCGUCGUCCUGGUGCUGCAGCGUGUGCCGGUCCAACAAAAGCCCCUGGGUCUGUCUGACUUGUUCAAGUGUCCACUGUGGAAGGUAUGUGAAUGGCCAUGCAAAAAAACAUUAUGAAGAUGCACAAAUACCCUUAACCAACCAUAAGAAAUCAGAAAAGCCAGAAAAAGCACAGCACACGGUGUGUAUGGAUUGCAGUAGCUACAGUACAUACUGUUAUCGCUGUGAUGAUUUUGUGGUUAAUGACACCAAGCUGGGACUGGUACAGAAAGUCAGAGAACACUUACAGAACUUGGAAAACUCAUCUUUCACAGCUGACAGGCAUAGGAAAAGAAAACUUUUGGAAAACUCAUCACUGAACAGCAAGUUACUAAAAGUAAAUGGCAGCACCACUGCUAUUUGUGCCACGGGCCUUCGGAAUUUGGGGAAUACGUGUUUCAUGAACGCCAUCCUUCAGUCACUCAGUAACAUUGAGCAGUUUUGCUGUUAUUUCAAAGAGCUGCCUGCUGUGGAAUUACGGAAUGGGAAGACAGCAGGACGGCGAACGUACCACACCAGGAGCCAGGGGGAUAACAACGUGUCUUUGGUGGAAGAAUUUAGAAAGACACUCUGUGCUUUAUGGCAAGGUAGCCAGACUGCAUUUAGCCCAGAGUCCUUAUUUUAUGUUGUUUGGAAGAUUAUGCCCAAUUUUAGGGGCUACCAGCAGCAGGAUGCCCAUGAGUUCAUGCGCUACCUGUUAGACCACCUGCACUUGGAACUCCAGGGUGGUUUCAACGGUAUUUCCCGCUCAUCAAUUCUGCAAGAGAAUUCUACUCUGUCUGCAAGUAACAAAUGUUGCAUAAAUGGAGCAUCUACAGUUGUCACGGCUAUAUUCGGAGGCAUUCUCCAAAAUGAGGUUAACUGUCUCAUAUGUGGGACAGAAUCUAGAAAGUUUGAUCCAUUCCUAGACCUUUCAUUAGAUAUUCCAAGUCAGUUCAGAAAUAAGCGCUCUAAGAAUCAAGAAAAUGGACCAACUUGUUCAUUACGAGAUUGUCUUCGCAGUUUUACUGACUUAGAAGAACUUGAUGAGACAGAGUUAUAUAUGUGCCACAAGUGCAAGAAGAAACAAAAGUCCACUAAAAAGUUUUGGAUUCAAAAACUACCCAAGGUGCUAUGCUUACAUUUGAAAAGAUUUCAUUGGACAGCAUAUUUAAGAAACAAAGUUGAUACAUAUGUAGAAUUUCCCCUGCGAGGCCUAGACAUGAAAUGCUACUUACUAGAGCCCGAGAACAGUGGCCCAGAGAACUGCCUGUACGACCUCGCUGCUGUGGUGGUGCACCAUGGCUCUGGGGUCGGUUCUGGACAUUACACAGCAUACGCAACUCACGAAGGUCGCUGGUUCCAUUUCAAUGACAGCACUGUAACUCUGACUGAGGAAGACACCGUGGUGAAGGCCAAGGCCUACAUCCUUUUUUAUGUGGAGCGCCAGGCCAAAGCUGGAUCGGAUAAACUUUAAUACCUCCUCCAAAUCAUUAUUCGUCAACUAUACCGGACAGACAUUUCCAAUUUUCCAUAAAUACUUGAUCCAAGAUUUAAUUUCAUUAUGCACUUUUCAGUUUCCUAUUUUGGGUUUAGUUUUAUUUUGUCAAUGGUAGUGACUUAUUGAACAUGGGCACCAACUAAUUUUUUUUUUUUUUUAGUUCUACCAGAAAACCUCAGCAGAUAUUUUGAUUUGCUGCUUUAGUUGUAAUAAUUCAGUUUUUAUAUGUAGUUUCAAGAACUUAGUUCUAUUUGACUUUUUUAUAUUAAUGUUCAGUUCUCACUUUGAGGCACAUUUACAUCAAUGCUUUGUUACUCUCAUAUGCUGAAAGCGAGAGGUGUUCCCCAUUGUGAAGAGCGAUGUAACCACCUGCUGCCUUCUCACUGAUCCAACGGAGAUCAGGUUGGCUCUAAACCAAGUAUCAUGUGUGCACGUAAAUUUGUGGCUCACGAGAGUUCAGUGACUGCUCAGUAAUCAUUCUUUCUGCUUGUAAAAGAGGACAGGAAGGGCGUCAUUAAACAGACCAGGUGACUGCUGCUCUUGGCAUCUCUCAAAGGUGCUGUUUAUCAGCACUACUAAAUAAAUCGGUUGAUUCAGUUGUACCUACAUUGCAAAUUCAAGAAUUACUUUUAAUUUUUUUUGGUUUUGGGGCACUUUCAUAGAUGAGAUAGGGGUACUGAACAGUCCAAAUAAGACCAAAUACACUUAAAAGUGUUUCAAAAGUUCUGUGACUCAGCCACAUGCUAUCCACGUGUUAUUUAUCCAGUGUGCAGAAACUGUAGUGUCAUGAUUGCCUUUUUGAGUCAGCACCUAAUUCCCCCAUUGGUUGUAGCACUGGGAUUAACUGCAUGUCCACUCUAGUCUGUCUUACUUGGCCACCAGAGGUUGAGAUGCUACCUCCCAAAGUUGAUUCUGACCAUCACCUAAACUUGGGGUAACACUGUGGAGUCCACAAGAGGAAACUAAAGUCUUUAAGUUUUAACAGCUCUCACUGGCCUAUCCUCAUAGCAGAGCAAUUGAAAAUACUUUCACUUUGAAUAAAUAGAGUUUUUGUUGUUUAGGUUAGCAGUCUUUUAAAAUUGUUUUCAAGAAAAGUAGGCACCAGCACUGCUUAGCUUUAAUUCAAAUUGAAAUCUGGAACCAGAAUCCCAUCUAAUGAUGCUUCCUGUGCUUUCCAGAAGUGUUUUCAAGCCAGCCUGCUGAUCUUGGGGUGCUGGUGCCCAACGUCCAAAUUAGUGAGAGGAGGAGGGAGCUCCAGCUGGGCCUGUGGGAUAGGACCAUGCACAUUUUCAUGUUCACUCCUUGUUCCAGUUGGUGUUUUCCUCCAGUCCCAAUUCUUUACAAGUUGUUACAAGGGGGCAGAAUGUAGUUAGUUUAUGUUAAGCCAGCCAAUCAGACGUUCUCAUAUUAUUUUUUUCUGUUUAAAAAAAAAAAAAAAAAGGUCCAGAUUUUAAGUGUAUGGAUGUAAAAGAAAGUUGGGUGGCUCUCCUCCUGGCCUGGAUGUUGGAAGCUGCGCAGGAAAAGAGCUGCUCCAUCCCCACUUCAAUAUUAGCUGGAAAAAUUCCACAUUUUCUCAGAGCAGAACACACCUGCUCAACAGUUUAGAAUAACUAGGAGCAAAUUAUGUCUGAACGUCUACUGUCCAAUACCGUGGUCAUUGGCCAUGUAUAGUUAGUUAAGUGUUGAUUUUCAUUAAAAACAUAUUGAAAACUCAGUUCUUCAGUCACGCUGGUCAUGGUUCAAGUUCUCAGCAGCCACUCAUGGCCCAGGACCAGCUAGGGCUGGACAGUUCCACCUGUGUGCAGCGCUCUCCCAGAUAGUGCUGGUCUACAGUUUCACUCCAGAGGAGAAAGCUUUGCCAUCAGGUAUAGAUCUUACAGCUUAGAAACAGAGCGCCCAGAAGAUAAAAUUAAGAGGAAAACAUGUAUUUAAAAGUUUACAAUGUUAAAUUACACACGUCGAGCCACAACUUUUUGAACUACAAAAAUGACAGUUUCACAUAAUUUGAUCUACUGUAUCAGUACAUUAACAUCACAUGACAUUGAACUAGAAAUGUGCAUCUCCUCUGACCUCGCUCCUAUGAAUCCAGUCUCUUUUGCUUAGAAGAUACACAGCUGUAACUUCUAACAUUUGCACUUAGAUCACUAGUCUCUGCGUGGGCAGCACUUGUAACUCCAACAAGAAAGCCUCGGGCAGUGUUGAUGGAGGAAAAUGGCCUUUCUACCAAAUGGAACUUACAACAGACUAGACUACUUUGUUGGGGAAAGUGGUCCUCACACAGGCAACACUGUUGGCUUAAGAGAUGAACACACCUCCUCUCUUGAAUUUUGCAGUGUUUUUCUCUCUUCAUUUUACUAAAGCAGACAUGCCUGAAGGAUACCAUGAAGGUUCUCUGGAAAAGCGACUGGACCCAUGUGAACUGUGCACUUGAACACCAGUGAUGUAAAUGUGCCUAUUUGUAUUUUGAAAAUUUAACUGUGCAGCCUUACCACGCCUCUUUCGAAAGCUGACCUUCGUGCUCUUCAGGGCUGUUCCCUGGUGCCGUGUCGUCUCGAGCACGUGUGUGGCUUCCCAUUCAGAGAGCAGUGCUGAGGCAGGGCCUCGCGCUGAGUCACAGGGCUCCUCGGAACAAAACUCUCAGAAGUCCUCCCACACAGGUGGGUGAUAGAAACAGUUUGUGGCAACACAAAUCUCUCUCCAUGGUGGAGAAAACCUUUGCUUAUCCACUGUAUUCUACUCAGUGUCUAGUGAUGACAAAUGUAAUAGAAUUAAACCAGUAAAGUGUAUGGGCCCUGGUUAAGUGUUAAAUGUGUAUCUCACCUGUGGAACCUACUCAGCAGCUUGGUUUCUAGGGUUGGGGACAUAUUUAUUUCUUAAAGCCAAACCUCUCCUUCAUUGGUUUAGUGUGUGUACAUAUGUCUAUUUAGAUACACUGAUCCCACUUCCACCUCUACCGUCCCCUGAACUCUCUCAUGUUCCCUUUGUAGCUGAAGUGGCCUCUUCCUGUGAGCCCUGGAGAAGCUCCUGAGCAAAGUCUGUUUCUGCAGCCAGGAACAGAUAAGAGGGGACCAGAGCGUGGCCGCAGGAGGGUGCCCACAGCGCAGGAAGGAGUGGGAGUGGGUGGCGGUGUGCUGUAGUCCAAGGUCUGUGCGUCACCUCGCUGGGUGAGGACCUUCCCCCUCAGGUCUGACUGUGACGGACUUCAGACUGCCCUCUGCGAGUGUUGGUUGUGUGAGAGGUAAUCAUUUCCACUGAAACCUAAUCUGUAUGAUGCUGAGAGGAUUACUUGUGCAAGUGACUGAUUUAAGUUGUAAUCACAGCCUUUUGCUGCUUCACCAACCUGAACUGUUUUAUGGAAAGUAUCAUUAAAGAUCUGGUCUCUUC